UUGGGAUUGACCAAUCAGAGAACGUAAACAAUCAGACGAAAUUUGGAACAAGACAUUUCAACACGGAUUCGCGGGACUCCAGAGUUUAAGCUUCGGGAAAAAAUGGCUGAUCAAAUUAAAGAAGAAACACCUACUUCAUCACCUUUGACAUCAAGAAUCACAGAUUACUUUCCGGCAAGUCCCAAGCCUCAGAAAGAAAAACUCCAAGCAAGUGUUAUUAUAAAGAAAGAAAACAAACCAGAUGAGAGGAUUCCUAAUGGUCUACUAACCCCAGAAGCUUCUCCAGCAAAAGAGGACAAAUCAGCAGCUAAUGUGAAGGAGGAAAAAAGUGACUCCGACAGCCAAUCCAGUGCAGACCUUCCUUCAAAGCAGAUUUUACUGGCAAAUGGAUCAGUUGUGAAAUCAGAAAAAGUAAAGAAGACAAAAAAAGUAUCGGAUUCUACCACAACCAAUAGCACAUCACAAUCUACUUCUAGAAAAGGCAGAAAAAAGUCCGCUAAAAAAAAUGUGGAACCAGAUGAGCUUAACAACUCCCUCGUCACAGACUACUUCCCGAUCCGAAGGAGCAGUAGACGAUGUAAAUCUGAAAUAGAGAAAGAAAUAUGGACAGAUAUUGAAGACAAAAUUUUGAACAAGAGAGAAGAAGGAUUAAAGAUUGUGGAAAUGGAAAACAAGGGACGUGGCAUUGUAUCCACCAAGAUAUUCAAACGUGGAGACUUUGUGGUGGAAUAUGCUGGUGACUUGAUAGCACUAUCUGAUGCCAAGGAAAAAGAAAGAAUCUACUCUGAAAUUCCAGAGACAGGAUGCUACAUGUAUUAUUUUCAUCACAAAAACCACAGCUAUUGUAUUGAUGCUACAGCAGAGAGUGGAAGACUGGGUAGACUUAUCAAUCACAGUAAAACAUCAGCAAACUGUCGCACAAAGCUUGUGGAAGUAAACAACAAGCCUUACCUCACCCUAGUGGCUGCCAGGGACAUCCAACUUGGAGAGGAACUUUUGUAUGAUUACGGUGACCGCAGUAAAUCCUCAGUGGAUUCUCAUCCGUGGUUAAAACAAUAAGUGUCUUAGUAUUAUAGAAGUGGGAGUAACAUGUGCAUUUAUGGUUUUAGGGAAAAAAGAAAGAAUUUACUAGUAUAUAUGUGUGUAGUAAGAAUGGAAUUUAGUUAUGUGAUGUCAAAAUGAAAUCUACACUGGACAAAGGAUGCUUUUCCAGCUUUUUACAAUACAGAUAUUGGUUAAAUUACGAAUUUUAAAUUUAUUUUUAUAAAUAUAUGGUAGAAAAACAAAUGAAUUAUCAAUAUAAAAUAUACAUGUGUUGACAGUAUGUAGGUGACUAGUUUUUGUUUUGUACAUGUCCUAGACACAAGGGAUCAUGGUAGUUGAAAAAGCAUUUAAGUUGAAAUUCUCCAAGACAUUAGGUUGAGAUUCUCCUAGUCAACAAACUCCAAGCCAAUCUUGAAAGGAAAACUCUGAAAUUGAGAGUUUGAAAUUUUUGUUUGAUAGUGUAGCCCUCACAAUUGUGAUCCAAGUUUUAGUGUCAACCUAAACAAUGUAGUGAUUCACUACUAGUGAAAGAAUGGUAUCUUCGUGUGUAUAUGAUCCAGAGGGAGUAUUACUGGGUCAGUCUAUACUAUGUGUGCUUUCGAUAGAAGUCCAAGUCAAUGUCAUCAUUACUUAAUUACUAGAUGAAUAUGAAUGUGUAGCAAAUUAUUUUGUCUUCAUCAUUACUUUAUUACUAGAUGAAUAUGAAUAUGUAGCAAAUUAUUUUGUCUUCAUCAUUACUUAAUUACUAGAUGAAUAUGAAUGUGUAGCAAAUUAUUUUGUCUUCAUCAUUACUUUAUUACUAGAUGAAUAUGAAUAUGUAGCAAAUUAUUUUGUCUUCACACAUUUUUAUGAAGCAUGGGAUCCAACUGAGGAUUUGAUGCAUGCAUGUGCUGUUUGUGUAAAUGAAAUACAAAAUGGUUUUUUUGGGAAUGAAAGGAUAAGUAUUUGAUUGAAAGGUCUUUGUGUUCCGAGAUUCUGUAUUAGGAAGCUCAGUAGUAUGAAUCUUGUUUUUAAAUUAUAAACUGUCUCAUUUACCGAGUUGGAUUUAAUGACUGGUUGAUAUAUACAAUGUAUGUUCUUACUAGGAGAUUUUCACUAUUGAAUCUCCAUAAUUUUCCCAUUAUUGUAACCCUUUUUCCCCUAUUAAUGUAACCAGUAAUUAUCCAACUACUGUUACUGUAUUUUCUCCACAUCACAAAUGUUUGCUUUGAAGUUGAAACAGGUAUAUUAGAGUUGGUUUAAUAUUUUUGCCAUUGAUGAGCAAGAACUUUAAAAAAAACUAACAAUUUUAGUGUAACUUAUACAACAACAAAAAAACUAUUGUCAUAGUAGAAACAUUUUUGUGCCAAUAUACAUGACUAUAUUGAUAGGUAUAAACUACCCGAGUUGUGAAAAUAUCUUAGAAAAUACUUCCAAGUCGUCAUGAUAUUCAAAACAUGAUAUUUUAAGAUGUUUAUAAUUGAUAUUGAAAAAAUACCUGGUAAGUUUUACAUCUACAAUGCUUAACAACAUAUCUUCCUGUUUUUAUACUCAUUUCGUGGUUUCCAGUUCAUAUUUUUACACAUUAUAAAAUGCAUACACAAUGAAUUGAAAUUUAUAUAAGGAAAACAUCAGGAAUGGAUAAUUCAGGGAAUGAGCAAUCUCCCAUACACUUUUAUUAUCUUCUGUAUUUAAUGUUUUAUUUAAUUAUGUAUGUCCCAGCUGGUGUAAGUAUAACAGUCGAGAGACAUGCAGGCUUUUAUUGUUGUGUUCUCCUGUAUUCUUAUCACUAACUUCUCAAUUUGUCAGGUCAUUGAAUUGGAUAACCAAACUCGUCAGUAAAUCUGAUCCGGUAAGAUGUAAGCAUUUUCCUCAGUAAACUUAUGGUUUCAUUGUGUUUUAGAUUUAAGGCCAGUAGGACUACAUGUUGUGAUAUCUUCAGUUUGCAGCUAAAUGUAUAUAUGUAUGUAGGUAUGUAGUGAAAUUGUUGUGAUUUUAGAACCUUCAGGAAGUUAAAUAAUUCAUUUUCUUUCAUAAGCAAAGCAAAGUAACAGGAGCUUUUGGCUUUAUUUUGUAACCACAUAUCAAAUUGUCACCAUCUUGAAUAUGAAUAUGUACCAGAACUUGAUGGUGUGUUUUUCUACUUUAAUAAUACUGUUUUGAGGAUCCCAUACUACCUUAUUUGACUUAAUAAGCGCACUUACUAAGUGCUUACAAAAACACCAGAGGGAUGUUGUUAAUAAAACCAUGUAAAGUUAUUUUCAUAGUUGAUUUUAGUGAGGGAUGAUUAUUGUUGACUUUAUCUAAACAAUAAUAUUUAUAGUUGGACAUAGUUUAACAUCUGUAGUUCAACAUAGGUAUAAACAUAGCUUGAACUUCCAAGAAGCCCAUGAUCUGGUCGUGGUUAGUCCCAAAAAAAUUUCAACAUGUUCAAAAUGUCUGGUGAGGGUAGAUGCCAAAACCCUACUGUGACUAGUUUGAACAUAGUUGACCAUAAUUUACCCUACUUGACCAUAGUGUUUACAAUAGUUGACCAUACUAACAUGGCAUGAUCAACACUACAGGUAGUACUGUGGUCAAGUAGUCAAAGCGAUCAACAAGGAAAGGAGUUUAACUGCCCCUACUUUAAUCCAGUUGACAACGGUGAACUACGCUUUCAAAUUGACUCGGUCAAAUAUGUGCAUGACUGCAAGAUGAAACCAUGGCUAAAGUUAACAACUUAAGAUUCUUAUCCUCAUGGUUGAUAUCCAUUUUCUCAUUCUCAAGAGAGUGAAUGAUUAUUUUUCUCAAAUCAUGUUCUUUCUAUAUGAAUAUCAAUAUUGCAUCAAUGGAAGACUUUGUUGAUGCAGACAUUGAUUGAAUUAUACACAUUUUUUAAUGGGAUUUAAUUCCUUCUCUAUCUCAACCCAAGGUAGAAAAAUGGUUCAGAUAAAGUUUCCCUUUGUUAAAGUGUAAAUACACAUGUCCACGGUUAAAGAGAAGUAGCUGGUAUUUGUCUUUUUGUGUACAAGUGAACGUUUUACUGUAAAGAUUAAAAUCAUAGUCUUAAUUGUUGGUGAUAUGCACUUGAAAUUAAUGAAAUCAAAAUAUUGCAGUAUUUGAAAAAUAUUUUAUUGAAUUAACUGUCUGAAUUUGAUUUUAAUUCACUUGAUGUACAACAAACAAUCAGGUUUUACAGAUACAAACAAUCAGGUUUUACAGAUGAGAAUUAAUUUUUGUGCAGGGUAAGCUUGAGCUAGUUGUAGAUGCUUUUGCUGGAAAUUCAGUCAGCAGCCUCCAAAUUUUUACUGUAUGUUCUGUAAAAAUUCCUUCUUAACCAGAGCUCCAUGUAUAACACUAUGCACCAGACUAAUUUACUGUUUUAAAUAUACAGCACUUUUCUGUUCAUUGAAUAUGACGCACCUUUUCUGUCGUCACAAAAUAUUUUCAUUGCGUGCAAUCAAAUAAUUUAUUUGGUGCUUGUUAUCAAACUUACCAGUUGUGUUCAUUGGCAGGGGUCUCCUUUGUUUCAAAGAAACAAAUUCUUCUGUGAAAUUUAAAUUUUUACUGUCCUACAAAUUGUGUUUAAUGUCAUGUGGAAGUAUGAGUCUAUGUGUGAUGAAUUGGUUAACCUGUAUAAAUAAUUGUUUUUAUCUUG